AUGCAAUGCAAAUCUUCCAAAUUAGCUUCCUUAUUUGAGGCAGAUGACACUAACAUAGAUCAAACAUCAACUAAAGACCUACUUACGUACACUGCCCCAAAAAAUUCAAACAAACCGUCUGAUACCUCAAAGGAUAAAGUGCUCUCAUCAACACAGUUAUCAUCAUCAGCAUCAUCUUCUUCAUCAUCAUCAUCAUCAUCAUCUGUUCUUGGUACUUUUAUCUGCCAUUGCUAUAAGCUGUUGGUUCAUGUGCAGGCAAAUAAUUAUGUCUCCUUCUUUGACCAGCAAAAUAAUUCCUGGUCCAUUCUUUUCGAUAGAUUGGAAGAUGUCAAUAACUUUGUCAGACAGGUCUGUUUAGCCAAACUUCUGUGUGCAAUUGACGUCUCCACCAGAGUCAUAGCUCAAGACAUUGUUCAAGGUGAAGGCCAUUCAAUAAAAGAAGGUGAUCUUGUGAAGUUCAUUGUUAAAAAAUAUCGCGUGACCUUGAACCCCGGAGUCAAGGUCGGUGAGUUAGUGGAAAAAGUUGAAAAGAAAAAGAAUGUGAAACUGAAAGUGAAAACAGGUGGAGAGGUGAUCAGAUUGGAAGGCAAAAAAGAUGCUGAUGAGGAGUAUGAUGAGUCGUUAAUGUCGUACUGCGUUGGGAUGAAUGUGGGCGGAGCUAAGCUGAUUGCAUCACGUGAUCCAAAUAACGCCAUCAGUCUUUUUGAAUUGUCCAUAUUAAAAGUGAAAUAUCCAAGCCACGGAAAGGCAACCGACAGUGAGAGCACAUGUUCUGAAUUCAGUAAUAUUGAAGAUGUCGAAACUGAUACAGCAGCAGCCACAGCAGCCACAGCAGCAGCAACAGCGACAACAGAUCAUUCGUUGCAUACUGUAGCAGACGGCAACAACACUGAGACCAAACUUGAUAGAAACAUUAUCAACAGCAAUCCACAACAACAAAAACCUCAUAUGGAUUUGCAACAAAAUCAAGUUUUACCUGCAAAUGAUGCUACAGAAGUUACAGCAACCAUAACGACUACAUCCAAUUUGCCGAUGACAACUACUCCAUUGCCAGCAGCAAACAAGUCGACAACAACAGCAUCAACGAACAUUCCAACUACAACUUUGGCAACCGCAUCAGCAGCAGCUGUUAGCAGACCAGAUGUACCAUGCAAACCCAUCAGUCCACUUGUCAAUCAGUAUCAUCGAAUGGACGCCCAGCAGUUCACAGAUCCGAAUAUGAUGGUGGUGCUGAUGACGAUGUUGGUUGACAUCAAACAGCUGAACAAUGAAAUCAAGACGUACUCCGUGAAGAGCGUUGAUAAAGUUGAACUACUGUCCGAUCAGGUAAAGCAGCUGACAGAACAUUAUCAAAGGCAAGCGACAUCAUCGUCAUCAUUUCUAUCAUCAUCGUCGUCGUCGUCACCUUUGAACUGCUCUGAAGUCGUGGCCAUGCAGCAGAGUAUAGCCAAGAUCUUCAAUGAAAAUGAAAGAUUGAAGGAAGAAAUUGAAGAAAAGAAGGAAAAACUAUUUACGUUGAGUGAGAAAUUUAACAAAGUCCUUGACCUCAAUCAAAAGCUGAUGGAGAAUAAUUUAGAUAGCAACGAAUUGAAUGUAAAGUUGAGACAACUGAUUGACGAGAAGGAGGCGUUGACAAUCAAACUCGAGACAUCAGAUGAAAAAUUGUUGGAACACCAAUCAGAAUUUGAGCGGGAAAUAGAAGCACGUGAUACGCAGAUCUGUGAACUCAAAAAAAAAGUCGAUGAACUUGAAAGUUCGAAGGUCAAAUGCCAAGUUGAGUUUGAAUGCCAACUGCUCGCGGUAAGACAAUCAAAUCAGUUGGAGAUCAAUCGACUAGCCAACGAGCUUGCGUUUAGAGAAGAAAAAUUUGAACAUGAACGCCUGCAGAUGAAAGUAGAAUAUGACUCCUUAAUAUCGAGUCUGAGAGAGACAAUAAUGAAACAGAAGAUGGUCUCUUAUAGCAACAAACGUGAUCAUCACGACGAUGAUGCUGGCAACGACGAUGAUGUCAUUGAGGAGGGUGGCAAUAGUGAUUACGUGAAGUUGAAAAAUGAUUAUGACGUCACCGUGAAACAGCUGGAGAAUACUCAAAGAAAGUAUGACCAGUUGAAACUGAAGAGCAAAGAGAUGGCCUCCACUUACGAUGACGUCAUCUCUCAGAUGGAAGAUGACAACAGUUUGAAGACGAAAAAAAUUAUGAGCCAGGUUUACAAACGUUUGAAAUGCCAGAUAGUGCCUGACCUCAAUUAUUCAGGCAACCACAUUCUAUCGUUAGCCCUUGACGUCAUCAAGAACACCACUUUAGAACUAAUCGAUGAGAAAAAGGUUGAUGGCAGGUCGGUGCAAACACAACUGCAACAACACCAGCAACAACAGCAGCAGCAACAAAACACCUUACAACAAAACCUUCAAAAAUUUUCUGAGCAAAACAGUCGACAACAACAAUAUCAGCAACAACAAUUACAAGAAGAACAAAUAAACAACGACAACAAUGACAUCAACAUUACGGAAGGAUACGCCAGCAAAAGCGAUAGGCCACAGGGCAACAUCAACUCAUCUGCUGAUGACUUUAAAGAUAAUAAUGUGAACAGUGACAGCGACGACAUUAAUAAAUGCAAUUUUAUUAUCGUUGACAGUAAAAGCAAUAACAGCAACAAAGAUGACAAUAAUAACAACAAUAAUUGUAGUAAUAAUGAUAAUAACGACAACAAUCAUAACAACACAAACAUUAAUAACGAUGAUGACAAUAAUGAUGAUAGCAAUAACAGUAGCAAUAACAACGCGAAUGAUGACACUAACAUUCCAGCGAAGGAAAGUGAAACCAUCAACAUCAACAAGAACAUCAACACAAACGACAACAUCAACAAAAAAGACAACAUAAACACAAACAUCAUCAACAACAAAGUACUAACAACUUUCAACUACAACGACGGACCCCCGCCUUUUGGAGAUGACGACGAGGAAAAGGAAGAUGAUUAG